GAGGCGGAACUUGCACCUGUCGACCCAUCGGCAGCACCAGCGACGGUGGAGCACACUACGGUUCUGUAUCUGCAGGUUGCAGCAGCCUACAAUCUUAUCAACAGGGACACUGGGGUUCUGGGAGAUGUGUCUGACCCGUACGUGGUGGCGCAAGUUGGAAGCAUGACCCAGCAAACGCCGGUUAUCAACAACGAGCUGAACCCUGUUUGGCAGGAAAACAACCAGUUCUCCUUCAACAUUGUGGAUCACAGUGCAGACCGCUAUCUUGAGUUGAAGGUGAUGAACUCCAACGUUAUGAAGGAUGACAGCCUGGGUAGCAUCAGAGUUGACACUCGCUCCAUCGAUCCCGGUCAGUGGCACCACUAUCGCCUGAAGCUGGAAGAAGGCCAAGGCGGCGAGUUGGAGUUCGACGUCUUCCUGAAGCCGGCAGCGCCAUGCAAGCCUCAGCAGCGUGCGGAUGAGCUUUUAGGUCAGGCGGAGGCGGAGAUGUCGAAAUUCUACCCGCAUGGCUUUGAGGGUGCUUUGCCUUUGCUGCGAGACGGCUCGCCUUCCAAAGCCUUGCUCCACGUCUUCAUCGAGGUAGAGCCGCAGGGUGUCAAGUUGGCACGCCGAGGCUCUGGCCAUCGACGCACAGGGUCUGAAAUGAGCCAUUCGCCCCGAAUGGGCGGUCAUCGCCGAACGACGUCCGAAAUGAGCUUCGUGUCCAUGCGUUCUGGAUCGCUUCUUUAUGGCCCCACCGGAGCUGGGAAGCCGCAGGCCGUCCCUGAGAUCGCGGCCACGGCGGCAAGUGACAGGCAACCCCCCGGUGAAGUGAAGGAAGCUGACAAGAGCGUUCUACAGAUCCGUGUGAAUCAGGCCAUCGACCUCCCGAACCGAGACACUGGUUUCUUUGGAGAUGUAUCCGAUCCCUACGUUAUCGUCCGGGCUGCUGGGGUGGAGCAGAAGACACCCGUCAUCAUGAACAACUUGAACCCAGUGUGGGAGGAAGGCAACCUGUUUACCUUCGACAUUUCAGCAGAUGAUCACAUUGUCGAACUGAAGGUGAUGGAUUCGAACACCUUCAAAGAUAGCCUCUUGGGCAGCUGCGAGCUGGACCUCCGGUCCAUUCAGCAUGGAAUGUGGACCAGCUUCCGCGAGAAGACGGGCGGCGGAGAGCUGGUGUUCGAUCUCUUCUUCAAGCCCACGGAGUGCGCUUGA